AUGGCCCCUAGUUUCAUUUGGUGGCCACCGGAAGGAACCUUUUAUGUACCGGCCGUCGUAAGACUGUUUAACUAUGUGAUAGUUGAUACAAAUCCGGGAAUACUGCCUGAUGAUGCCGGUUACGCUCUAGGCUGGUUGGAACUGAGUAAACACCCGCCCAAAACAGUUAAGGCCAUCCAGAAGAAAGAAGGUGAUGGACCUGCCAGAUUGAUGAUAGCGCAGUGUAAAAGCCAACCAGAAAAAAGAAAGUCAAGACCACCGGUGUUGGAAGAUUCCCGGCCCCCUGAAUUACUACCACCAUAUGUGGCAAAUACUGCGAGGCCCCAGCCCCUCGAGAAUUCUGACAGAGAUCAAGAACCAGAUUCAACCCAGCCGAAUGAUAAUUCCAGUGAUUCUCCACUCCGUCUAUAUCCAGAACUCUCGCAGCUGUCUGUUGACAUACGGCCUAUCGUGCCAUCUGCCCCGCCUGAAGUUCAAAGACUUACCCCCGUGCAGACUAGAAACCAAAGCCGUAUCAAAAAAGAAGGAAUACUGACAGCGCCAGUUCAAGUUACGGCGGGAAUAGUACCCCAGACUGAUGAUGAUGGACAAGUACAAGGAAUAGUAGUGGAAACUCGGUCUUAUGUGCCCUUUUCAACUGCAGAUUUAUUAAACUGGAAAAAUCAUGGUCCCUCUUAUGAAGCAGAUACAAAGAAAUUCAUUGACAUGCUGGAAGGCAUAAUUCAGGCUCAAAACCCGACAUGGGCAGAUAUUCAGCAAUUAGAGGCAUAUUUGUUUACAAGUGAGCAGCGUCGCACUAUCCAGGACAACAUGGAGAGUGCCAUACGACAGGCAGCUACAGCCGCAAAUCAAGCUGAUCCGUCAAUCUGGGUAAGGGAAAGAGCCCCACUCACCAAUCCGAAUUGGGGUCUAAAUACAGCCGCAGGGCAGGCUGCCCAGGCAGACUAUCAAGCGCUCUUCCUAGAAGCAGUGAAGAAAGGGAAGAAGAAGUUGAUGAAUAUGCAGAAAAUUCAUGAUGUGGUCCAGAAAAGGGAAGAAACACCCGGCGAUUUCUUGGAAAGAUUGCAGGAAGCAUACCGAAAAUACAGUCCCCUAGACCCUGAAGAGGAAGGGAAUAGGUCUAUCAUAGUAAUGAGUUUUGUGGCACAGUCAGCUCCUGAUAUCCGGAAGAAAUUGCAGAAGACCAAGGGGUUUGAGGGAAUGACCCUAUCACAAUUAAAGGCUAUAGCGGACAGGGUAUAUACCAACCGGGACACUGAGGAAGCUAAGGAAAAAGAUAGGAGAAUGAAGGACAAAGCAUGUUUACUGGCCGCAGCAUUGCAAGGGACAGCUGGGCCAAUUAGAGGAAGAGGCAGGGGCAUGGAUAGAGGAAGAGGAAAGAGAAACGUGGACCGUCCAGUUUUGGAUCGGAACCAGUGUGCAUACUCCAGCCCUAUACAACUUAAGCAGUACCCAAUUCCAAGUGAGGCCAGAGAACCAAUUCAAUAUCACCUUAACAGGCUGAUUGAGUUAGGGGUGCUGACAAGUAUUACUUCUGCAUGGAACACACCUUUGCUACCUGUUAAGAAGCCAGGGACAGAAGGUGAUUAUCGUCCAGUACAGGACUUGAGGGCAGUAAAUGAAUCCGUCAUAUCCAUGACCCCUAUAGUACCUAACCCCUACACUUUGUUGGGAAGAAUACCUGGAGGGAGUACUACCUACACAGUAAUUGAUCUGAAAGACGCGUUCUUCAGCAUACCGUUGGCUGCAGAAGCAAUACCUUUGUUUGCCUUUACUUGGGAAGAUGUCCAAACAGGAGUUACUAGCCAGUACUCUUGGACCCGGCUGCCCCAAGGGUUCUGCCACUCCCCAUCUAUUUUUAGCCAACAGUUGAAUAAAGACUUGAUCAGCUGGCAGGAGGAAAAUGGGCCCUUGUUAAUUUAUGUGGAUGAUAUUUUACUCCCCAGUCCAGACUUUGAUACUUGUUGGAAAUAUUCCAAAUCUUUGUUGCAAACCUUGGAGGCCCUGGGUUACCGGGCAAGUCAGAAGAAGGCCCAGAUCUGUCAGCUGGAAGUAGAAUAUUUAGGAUUUAUAAUCCAGAAAGACCAAAGGUACCUUAGUCCGGCUCGUACUGCUGCAAUACGUUCACUACCGAGACCUGAAACUACGAAAGAGCUCCGUACAUUGUUAGGAAUGGCCGGGUAUUGCAGGAUAUGGAUUCUGGACUAUGCCACCAUUACAAAACCAUUAUAUUCCAUGUUACAAGAAUGGAGGCCAGAAACUGCCCCUUUAGAUUGGGAGCCCUCCCAUGUUGCGAGCUUGGAAAAACUGAACAAUGCCCUGUUAAACCCACCAGCAUUAGGGAUACCCGAUACGACAAGACCAUUCAAACUAUUUGUGGAUGAUAGAAGAGGAGUUGCGGUGGGAAUGCUGACCCAAGCCUUGGGCUCCUGGGAACGCCCCGUGGCGUAUCUAAGUAAGAAAUUAGACCCCGUAAGCCAAGGCUGGCCAGGUUGCUUGAGGAGCAUUGCGGCUACAUCCUUGUUGUUAACUGAAGCAUUGAAACUCACCUUCGGGCAAACCAUUCAAGUGACUGCAUCACACUCCAUCCGAAAUCUGCUGGAAAAACAAGGGCCAAAAUGGAUGACGAGUUCCCGUCUAAUUAAAUAUACUGCCCAGUUGUGUGAAAAUCCAAACGUGAUUGUACAGGAUAGGGCAACAUUGAAUCCAGCUACAUUAAUGCCAGUGCCAGAGCAAGAGCCAGUACACGAUUGUGAAGAAAUAAUGACUAAAGUGUUCUCCAGUAGACCGGACCUAAAAGAUCAGCCAUUAAGGAAGGGACGAUCCCUAUUCUGCGACGGAAGUAGUUACUUACAGCAAGGGACUAAAGUAGCAGGAUACGCAGUAGUGGAACAAGGAGGACAUAUAGUCCGGCAUGGCAAGCUGCCCCCAGGAACUUCGGCCCAUAAAGCUGAAAUUAUAGCACUUACUGAAGCCCUACGGGAAGGAGCAGGACAGGAAGUGACAAUCUAUACAGAUAGUAAAAACGCUUUCCUCACCUUGCAAGUGCAUGGAGCCCUGUAUAAGGAAAGAGGAUUCCUCACCUCUGAAGGAAGGCCUAUAGCGUACGCACAUGAAAUCAGGGCACUCUUAGAUGCAGUGUGGAAACCUAGGAAAGUGGCUGUGGUACAUUGUAGGGCUCAUAAAAGACAGGAUGGUCCGGUCCAUCAAGGAAAUGCUCAGGCCGAUAAAGCAGCUAAGUCUGCAGCUCUUAAAGCCCCCCCUGUUGCCAGGAGUUUUGCUCACCUGUAUUAUGUAGAAGUUCCCAUGGAUGUGGGAAGUCCUGUCUACACUCCAGAGGAAAAAAGAGAAGCUCAAGAUUAUAGUUACCGGGAUGUGAGUGGAUGGAAAGUCUUGCCUGACGGUUGUGUCUGGAUACCUCAAAAUUUGGCUCAUCCUAUAGUUUCCAAGGUUCACCAACAAUGCCACCUGGGAAAGAUAGCUCUGGAAACGUUGCUGAAGAAAUGGUAUUAUAUUGACCAUAUACCUAAAUGGUGUGAUAUAAUCACCAAAGAAUGCCUUACCUGUGCACAAGUGAAUCCUCGUCGCGGACCAAAUCUGACCCCAGGAGCCAUACUGAAGGGCACUAGGCCCUUUCAAGUGAUUCAGGUUGACUACAGCCAUAUGCCAGCCGCUUGUGGACUAAAGGUAUUGCUCGUUGCUGUUUGUACUUACACUGGAUGGAUAGAGGCUAAACCAGCAACAGGAGAGACAGCAGCUGUAGUGUCAAAAUUUAUUGUGGAAGAAAUUAUUCCUCGAUAUGGUCUACCAAUACAAAUCAAUUCUGAUAACGGACCAGCGUUUGUAAAUACUCUAGUGAAUAGUCUAUCAACGGCAUUAGGGUUGACUUGGAAGUUACACUGUGCAUGGCGACCACAGAGUAGUGGAAUGGUUGAGAGGGCAAAUCAGACUAUCAAGGCUCAUCUCACUAAGUUAUGCAUAGAGACUAAAGAAAAAUGGCCUCGGCUGUUACCAUUAGCCUUAUUACACGCCAGAUGCACCCCACGAAGCUCAGGCUACACUCCGUAUGAAUUAAUGUAUGGCAGACCACCACCUCUGCCAACUGGAGUUGAGGUAUCGGAAGACCAUGGACAAGUACGCCUUCAGAAACAACUGCAGGCUCUGAACAGGAUUGUUGGACAAUUACAACAGUAUACUGAUCCCAGUCCAUUACAAGUUACAACUAACAUGCACGCCUUUGAGCCAGGGGAUUUAGUAUGGGUCAAGGUAUGGGAUGAUAAACCAUUGCAGCCUAAGUGGAAAGGUCCAUUUGCAGUAAUAAUGGUUACUCCCACAUCCUUGAAGGUUGAAGGGCAGACUCCAUGGAUUCACUGGACCAGAGUGAAACCAGCAGUGAAUCCAGAAUGGGAAGUAGUAACCAACACACCAGGGGCGUUGUGGAUGAGGAUCCGGAAGCGUGCCACUACUGGAAGCAGGGACGCGACGGGAGAAGCCUCCUCGGGACCGGCAACCGAGUGA